AUGAUGGGAGCGGCACGUGUUAAACGCCGCUUCAGCGCAGUGGUGGAUGGGCCAGUGGAGGAAGAGGAGGUCAUGAGGCUGGCACAGAGUGCUGCAGACACGGCUGGGGCAGGGGGGAGCCCAACAGGGUCUGGAACCCCAACAAGCCCCUCCCUGACCCAUGCCUUGAACGGCAAAACUUUGCCUCUCCAGACCAACACCAACAAUGCACGGAGGCAAAGUGCAAUUGGAGAGUCAGUAAAGGGUGAUGCAGGAGAAGGCGGGGUGACAGCAAUGGGAAUGUGCUCUGGAGUAAGAAAAGGCAAUAAUGUAGGAGGAAGAGGGAAAGGCCGGUCAUCAUCGGAUCAGGAUUCUCUCUCUUCCCCCUCCACUACCAGCCGCCGGCGCAACAGGCGCUCAAACCGCCGGCCCCGGCAACGCUUUGUGGGCAAGGACGGACGCUGCAACGUCACCUUUGUCAACAUGAGCGAGAGGGGCCAGCGUUACCUCAGUGACCUUUUUACCACUUGUGUGGACAUCCGCUGGCGCUGGAUGCUGGUCAUCUUCACCCUCUCCUUUCUUCUCUCCUGGCUGCUCUUUGGAUUUGCUUUCUGGCUCAUUGCCUCUGCGCAUGGAGACCUCUCCAUCCGACUUACCCCAACCUCGGAUUCCUCUCUUGGGUCAGGAGAGACCGGGUCUGGUGCAGAGUCUGAUAGAAAGGCUGUUGUUCAGGAGCCAUGCUUCCAACAGGUGAACAGCUUCAUGGCAGCCUUUCUCUUCUCAUUGGAGACACAGACAUCCAUCGGUUACGGAUUUAGAAGCGUGACCGAAGAAUGUCCCCUGGCGGUGGUGGCGGUCGUUUUGCAGUGCAUUGUGGGCUGCAUUAUUGACGCCUUCAUCAUUGGGGCAGUAAUGGCAAAGAUUGCCAAGCCCAAGAAGCGCAACGAGACUUUGGUGUUCUCUGACACAGCUGUAGUGGCAUUAAGGGAUGGAAAACUCUGCAUGAUGUGGAGAGUUGGAAACCUACGCAAGAGCCACCUGGUAGAGGCACAUGUACGAGCACAACUGCUGAAGGUAAGUCAAAGAUGUUAGAUGAUGGCCUUUGUUUAGUGAAGGUAGACGACAGAAAGCAUUGCAGUUAUAAAGAUAUGCCUUUAAAAACACCAAAGAGAUGACUGACACAUGGUAAAACAAAGUGGGAAUGAUAACAUAUUUCCCCAAAAAGUGUACUGAGUGACAAGAGCUCAACUGUGAGUGACAGCAGUAGAAGGGAAAAGGUUGCUGUGGUGAGAGAGAGACAGAGGGAGAGAGUGAGACCAUCUGGCUUGUAUUCUUUGGAUCGUAGUUAAUGAGAUCUUGUUUUAUUUUCCCUCCGGGGUUAGGAAGAUUUACUAUGGAUUAACUUGCCCACAAUUCUUUAACUGAAAACCAUUGUCCUUCAUCAUCUCAUUUUCCCUCGUUCGCACUGUAUGUGUGCUGUGUGAUUGUACUAUAUGUGUGUUGAUGUGAACUUGACUGUCUGGACUUGUGGGUAGGUCCAAACACGAUCCCUUAUUUGACAGCAUUCAGUGUCCAGAAGGGAAAAGUCUGGAACAUUAGGGCCAUGGCACAAAAAAGGUGAUCACUCUUAUAAAUGCAUAACCAUUACUAAAUUCAGACGAGGCAGAUGAAAUUAUGUUUGCAAAGAUCAAACAAAUACUUAUCUAAAAUCAGAUGCUGGAUUCUUUCAAACUGUGAAGACUGAGUGAAUGGUGAGCCUACACAAGGGUAGAACGAAUAAAGACUUGCACAGCCAAACUCAACUGACCAUAGGAAAUACUAAGCUGUGGUUCAGGGUGAGACAUUCAUUUUUCAUUGUUCUGUGUCAAAUGUAUUUAAAAUGACUGAUGAAUUCACACUAUUCCAUACCAUGCUUUUAUAGGCAGAGUGAAAUAAUCUCAUUUAUUUGAUCAUGUCAAACCUAUCCUGUUGCUUGUUACAUAAUUGAAAAUCGCCUUUAGUCCUCAUGUACAACAUUUUCUUCUGGGUGAAAAUCAGUUUUGUAACAUAAAUCCCAUGUUGUAAGAUGAAAAUACUAAAUAGUAGUUACCAUUUUUCUCUUUCUCUCUUUUCUCAACUUCAGCCCAGGGUGACUGAAGAGGGAGAAUUUCUCCCACUGGACAAUGCUGACAUCAACGUGGGUUUUGACACUGGUACAGACCGUAUAUUUUUGGUUUCUCCAGUGACAAUCGUUCACGAAAUCAAUGAUGAAUCACCCUUCUUUGAGAUCGACCAAAAGACCCUGGAGAAUGACUCUGAGCUGGAGGUGGUGGUCAUACUUGAGGGCAUGGUGGAGGCCACAGCCAUGACAACACAAUGCCGUAGCUCCUAUCUAGCAUCUGAAAUUCUCUGGGGACAUCGAUUCGAACCAGUGCUCUUCGAGCGGAAAGACUGCUACCAGGUUAGACAGGAAAGGCAUACUGAAGAUUUUUGGACACUUUCCUCACUAAAAUGCUUUAUGUGAAGUGGUUUCCAUUGCUUUUCUGGCUGCUCAAGGAGUGACAAUGGCUAUUUAAUUAGGUUUAACGAUUUGAUUCCAAGUUGAAAAACCUCAACCAUAUUGUCCUAUCAUACAAAAUAUGUGACAUAAAUUUAUCUUUGGGUUAAUCAACUGUAAGUUGAAAGUCACAUGUGCCACAGUCCCAAAUACACUUGACAAAAAAAUACCAGGUAAAAAAAGGAUUUGGAAAGGAUGUUAACCUACAUUACCAAAUAGUUCCAUAUAUUAUCAACAUGGCAAUGAAUAUAUCAGUGUACUAGAAAAUAAUUUAACCAAAGAGAAAAGAAUAGUUGAGUUGAAACCAAUAUGGAGCUAAGUGUAGGGGACACCACACUUACAUUUUAGGGUUUUAUUCCUGUAAGUUUCAAAAACAGUUCUUACUGAAAGUGUUAAUGCUAUGUGCCCUGGUUACCAACGUGCUUCUUUAAAGUAUGUGAUGGUCCAGUGUCCAAAGCUGUUGUCAAGACAAUAAACUGUCAUGAAGAAAAUAAUGAUCCAAAGAUAGUUUCAUUGAUUUCAAAUUCAUAUACUGUAUGUGCAGAUUGAAAAAAUAAAGUCACAGUAGUGCUACCAUAACUGCAGAUUCUAUCCUCUCGUCCACUCUUGCAGCAUGAAUAAACAUCAAAACUAAUAUUCUAAUGAGCAGUCAAGUUGACACAGUGUUAUUUUAUACAGCAAUCAUUUAACUAACAUUUCUACUAAAGAUUAUAUUAAGAAGGUAAAGGAGAGUUUUGCAAGAACGUUUUUAGCCCUUCUCAUUUGUUAUUUAUAUUAACUGUUUGCACUGAAUGUUUCAUUAGACAAGGUAAACAUGUUGACUUUUGUCCUCUUGAAGCCCUUUUCCCAGAAGCUUUGCAGUUGACACAUUUAAAACUAAAUGAGGCAAAAGUCACAACACUGCCACUGUUAUCUUUACACACAACUACAUAAUAUGUAUAAGAAAUGGGUAAUAAUAAUCUCUAAUUUGUGAUCUUACCUCAUCAUAUCUCAGCAUCUUCUGACAAAAUUGGUGAGGCAUGGAUGCAAAGCUUCACAGUUCCCCAAAAAAACUAAUAAUGGUCCAAGUCAGUCAUCAGGACUCAUAUCAAAAGUAGCGUCCCAGCAAUAGUUAAAACUCUUUGAAACAUUAUGAUCUGCAAAAAUGUCAAUUACUUUAGACACAUGUAAACUAAGCGACAUUACCUCAGCUUUGGUUGUUAUCCUUACACUGGCAACCCCAUAGCUGUAGAGUCUUUGCCUGACAUCAGACAAAUAGUCUUUAAUUUUGAAAGAAAACUUGUACUCAGAAUGUUUUCUUCUGCCUUUUUUUAGGUGGACUACUCAUUCUUCCAUCGGACUUAUGAAAUUCCAAACACACCUUCAUGCAGUGCUAAAGAGUUGGCUGAGCAGAAAUACAUUGAAAGUUCACGUUCAUCAUUCUGCUAUGAAAACGAAGUGGCUCUGCAACUUGCUUCCCCUGCUGAUGAGGCUGACCAAGACCCAGAGCGAGCUUCCCCUCCAACACGAAGGCCAUCUUUGGCAGAACAUCUUCAUUACAACUAA